UCAGCGAGAGGCUGUUGAACUAAAAGUAGACUCCGGGACACAGUCGUAAAAUAUGGAAGUUACAAGUAAUGAAACAUUUUAAUAAUUUUUUCCCCUGAGUUUGAUAUUUUGGUGUUGAAUGACAAAAGCUAGCUAAUUCGUAUUUCCAUUUCGGAGGUUCCCGAAAAUGGACACCUGUUACUUUAGGAUACGGUACAUCACACUCAUGUUUUAUUGGAUGGAUUUCAACAGUGUUGUGAUUUAUAGCACACCCUAUACGCGUAUGCCAGCUGCUGGGAGAUCUGACGGUUAUCCUGGGGACCGGCCAGGCUCUACUGUGGAGUCGAGCGAGCCACGUACACCCCCUCUGCCCUUAAAGACCCCUGGGGACACGCAGAGGCUGGGCAGAGCCAGCAUUCACCCCCGAAACAGACAGCUCAAACGGCUGGCCUUCUCCAGGUCUGUGUACUCCUUCCAGGUGACUGAAGACACACCUCCAGGAACCACGGUGGGGCGUGUGUCGGCGGCGCACGCCGACGGAACCGGGCCCGUGGUUUUCUCCGUGCUGGAGGACGACGGAGACGGGCUCUUCCUCCUCAGCCCCCGCUCCGGAGAGUUCUUCCUCUCCCGCGGCCUGGACUACGAGAGGGAGCGGUACUACGCGCUCUCGGUGGGGGCGCGGCGCGGGCCCGGCCAGCUCGCCGGGGCCAGGGUGUACUUCAGCGUGGCGGACGUGAACGACAACGCCCCCGUCCUCCGUCCCGACGCCUAUGCCACGUCUGUGCUGGAGAACAGCCCCGUCGGGACCUGCCUCCUCGCGCUUAACGCCUCCGACGCCGACGACGGUGUGAAUGCAGAGCUAAGCUGGGCAGUGAUUGCAGGAGACGAAGAGGCAAAGUUUUCUGUGAACAUCGACGGUGUCGUCUGCCUGCAGGGGGCGCUAGACAGAGAGAAAGUCUCCACGUACAAUCUCACCAUCUGGGUCAGCGACCUCGCCCUUCCCGUCAGUUCCCGCCUCACCAGCACGGCGACGGUCGCCGUCCGCGUGCAGGACGUGAACGACAACGCCCCCUCCUUCACCUCGCCGGGCGUCCUCCGCCUCCCGGAGGACACCCCGCUCCACGCCGUCGUCAUGGUGAUACACGCCGCCGACGCCGACUCGGGCCGCAGCGGCGAGGUGGAGUACGGCCUGGAGGGCCCGUCCGGCGGAACCUUCCGGGUCGACGGCGCGCGCGGCCGGCUGUUCCUGGAGGAGCCGCUGGACAGGGAGGCCGCCGAAACGCUCGUCGUCCUCCUGACGGCGCGGGACAGGGGCUCGCCACGACGGUCCGCCUCCAUGAACCUGACGGUGCUGGUGGAGGACGUCAACGACAACGACCCGGCCUUCCCCCGGGGCGGCUACGGCGCGGCGGUGAGCGAGGACGUCUCCAGGGGGACGAGCGUGCUGCAGGUGCACGCUCGCGACCCCGACGCGGGCCCCAACGGGCGCGUGCGGUACCGGCUCUCCCACAGCCACUUCUCGGUGGACCCGGUGCGGGGCGUCGUCACGGUGACGGGCGGACUGGAUCGCGAGAAGAGCCCCUCGUACGUCUUCUCCGUCGUGGCGGCGGAUCAGGGAGACCCCCCCAGGUCUGCCGCGGUCGUCGUCAACGUGACAGUAACCGACGUCAACGACUGCGCUCCUCUCCUAACUCCGGAGUCGAUAACACUGAGCGUGCCAGAGAACACGCCGGAUCUCCCUCAGGUCAUUCACCAGGUCCUGGCUGUGGAUGAAGACCUCGGCGUGAACAGCCAGCUGACGUUCUCCAUCGCCGGGGGAAACGAAGAGGGCCUCUUCUCCCUCUCUCCCGACGGCACGCUGCGCCUCCUCCGCGCCCUGGACCGGGAAUGGAGGCCACGGCACACGCUGCGCGUGGCGGCCGUCGACUCGGAAGAAAUGAAAUGCAAAGUCACGUUGGGAGGCUUGUUUACCAGACUCGCUCUGCCUCGUGGGUGUGUCUCUCCCUCAGGCGUGCCCCCCCUGACGGGGACCGCCACCGUGCUGAUUCUCGUGGACGACCUCAACGACAACCGUCCGGCGUUCGCCCGGGACGCGCUCUCUGCUGCCGUCUACGAGGACGUCCCCGUAGGAACCGUGAUCGCGACCGUAACCGCCCUCGACCCCGACGAUGGAGUCAACGGCCAAGUGAGGUAUGCUCUGGAGGAGGGGAACGCGCCGUUUUCCAUUGACGAGACGUCAGGAGCCGUGGUCACCACCGGGGCCUUGGACCGGGAGGCCGUUGGCGUUUACGUUCUGACGGUGACGGGCAGCGACCUGCACCCCACGCACCCCCUCGCCAGCUCGGCCACGGUGACGGUGCUCGUGCUGGACGUCAACGACCACCGGCCACGGUUUCUCAACAGCCCCUACGUCGCCAAUGUCCCAGACACGGUGGCUGCAGGUUCAGUUGUGUGUGUUGUGCGAGCAGUGGACGCUGACACAGGGAGAAACGCGGAGCUGACCUUCUCCCUGUUCGGCCACAACACCAGUCAGCUCUCUAUCAGCCCCUCCGGGGGUGAAAUCUUCACUUUGGACGUUCUCGGCGGACCGGACGACAUCACGGUCGGUGUCCGCGUGGAAGACGGCGGAGACGACCCGAAGGACGACACCACGACCGUGACCGUGCGGUUCCAGAACGCCUCGGAAUUCCCCGUCGUGACCGUGGACGCCCGCGGGCCCCUGCUCUCGGAAAACGAGCCGCUUCACACUCUGGUCGCCGUGGUGACCGGAGAGAGCAACCGAACAGAGGUGGUCUCGUACUACCUGGCUUCCGGACGCUUUGCGAAGGCGUUUCAACUGCACCCGGAGACGGGGGAGCUGACCCUGAGCAGCCCGCUGGAUUACGAGGCGAGCAGCGAGCUGCUGAUCUGGGUCGAAGCCAGAGAUGCGGGACUGCCGCCAUUUUCCUCCUACGCCGCGAUUCGCAUAAACGUCAGCGACGUGAACGACAACUCCCCGGUGUUCACCCAGAGCGUGUACAGGUGCGAAACCCUGGAGAAUUCACACGCAGGCCCCCUGUGCGAAGUGUCAGCCGCUGAUGCGGAUUCUGGGAUCUACGGAGAAGUGCGGUACAGCAUCCUGAGCGGAAAUGUGGAUAACGCCUUCAGCGUCGAUUCAGACACUGGCGUUUUGCGAACGGUAAAAAUUUUAGACCGAGAAAAAAUAUCGGAUUACAAUUUAACGAUUCGAGCCACAGACACAGAGAACGACCUCAACACAGGCACCGCGGCGGUGCUCGUGGUCGUUCUGGACGCGAACGAUAACGCCCCUCGGUUUUCACAGAUCUUCUUCACGGAGAUCCCCGAAGACACAGCCGUGGGGUUCACCGCCAUUCGGAUCACCGCCACGGACGGGGACGCCGGCGCCAACGCUCUCAUCGUCUACACCAUAAUCGACCCGAGCGGCAGCCUUCCGUUCGCUAUCGACGGAGCCAGCGGGAAUGUCGUCGUGGUGCGGCCGCUGGACAGAGAGACGCGGGACCGCUACGUCGUCAGGGUCAACGCUAACGAUUCGGCGUGGAGCGUCAGCACGGACGUCAUCAUCGAGAUCACGGACGUCAACGACAACAAGCCGGCAUUCUCCCGGUCCUCGUACCACGCCACGGUCACAGAGACUAAAACUCAGGAGGUGUUUGUCACGCAGGUCCACGCCACCGACGCCGACCUUGGGUCAAACGGGCAGAUUCUGUACUUCAUCGAACCCCCCAGCGAGUUUUUUGGAGUGAACGUGUCCACGGGCGACAUUUUAACCAAACAGCCAAUUUCUCUCCGUGAUUCUGACGCGCGCAGCCUCAGCUUCACGGUGCUGGCCUCCGACUGCGGCCCUGUACCCUAUUAUAGCAACGCCACCGUCACCGUGACCUUCGUGCGCUACAACUACUACCCGCCUGAUUUUCUGCCCUUCAGGUCUCUGCUGUCAAUCCCCUUUAAUUUGGACGUGGGAACCCGAGUGAUCCGGUUAUCGGCUGUGGACCAGGAGUCUCGCUCCGUCAACGGCAGCGUGGAAUACGCCGCCGGUGGAGGAAACGGCUCGUCGUUCUUUGAAGUGGAGGCCAGCAGCGGAUGGGUCGUGUUAACGGGGUCCUUGAGGCAGAGCCUAAACGCGUUUCUAACGCUCUCGGUCGCGGCGAAAGACAAAGGCGUCCCGCCCCUUUCAUCUCGGGCCGCAAUUAGUUUCCUAGUUACAGGGGAGAACCGCUUCGCUCCCCGUUUCCCUGAGCCGUGGGUCGCAUUCUCGGUCCCCGAGGACUUACCCCCGGGGUCCGUGGUGGGGAAGGUCCAGGCUGAAGACGAGGACGACGGAGCGAACGGACUCCUCCAUUAUUCUUUUGACGGCGGGAACGAGGACUCGCCGUUUUCCAUUGGGCAGAGCACGGGAUUGGUCACCCUAAUCGGGGGGCUCGACUCGGAAGAGCACGGGGUUCAUUUUCUUCGGGUCAGCGCCAGGGACGGAGGCUGGAUUCCAAGAGCUGCCAAAAUGAACGUCACGGUAAAUGUCACUGACGUGAAUGACAACCCUCCCGUGUUUUCUGCUGCGGAGUACGUCGCGUCAGUGCAAGAAAACUCACCUAUCGGAACAACGGUCCUUCAGGUUAAAGCCACAGAUAAAGAUUCUGGAGUAAAUGCCCAGAUAAGCUACUCUCUGGUAGCAGGACAUAUUGAUGUGUUUUCCAUCGAUUCCAGGGAUGGUACUCUCACCACUCUGGAGAUUUUUGAUUAUGAACUGCAGCAAAACUUCGAAGUGACAAUCAAGGCGUCCGACUCGGGAAGCCGUCAGCUUUUCAGCGUGGUGAAAGUUCGCAUCCAAAUCAAAGGGGUCAACGAGUUCAAGCCCACGUUCCAGAAAAAGCAGUACGACUUCUCGGUGUCGGAGAGAUCGCCUAAUCGAACCCGGGUCGGCAAGGUCUCGGCUGCAGACUACGAUCUGGGUCCGGAUGGAGACGUCUUCUACCUGCUUGUAGGGCAAAGCAAAAGGGCAGGCUUUGUCAUUGGUGAACGCAGCGGUGAGAUACUCACCACCGGUGAUUUGAGGCAACAUGGCCACAGUCAGACAGUUUUAAGAAUCCUAGCAAAGAACUGGGGCAGCAUUAAUGGCUCUGACAUCGACGAAACCACUGUCCUGGUUAACGUGACGGAUGCCAACGAUCCCCCAGAGUUCUCUGCUGCGCUCUACGCUGCGGAGGUCAGCGAAGAUGUGGCGGUGGGGACAUUCGUCACCAGGGUGACCGCCAAAGACGAGGAUUUGGUCCCCGAGUGGAGCCGUUUUGUUUACAACAUAACCAGCGGGAAUGAGAACGGCUCUUUCGCUCUGGACCCUGUAACCGGGAUCGUCUCGGUUAGCGCCCCCCUGGACCGGGAGCAGCGGUCCGUCUACAACCUGACCGUCGUCGCCAUCGAUGGAGCUUUCCCUCCAGCCGCAGGCAGCGCGAGCGUGGUCGUAACCGUGAGCGACGUCAACGACAACCCGCCCCGUUUGAUUUCCGCGACGGGCUACGUGCGGGAGAACCAGCCCCGCGGCACGGUGGUCUGCGUUCUGAACGCCUCGGACGCGGACCUCCCGGCGAACGGAGGCCCGUUCGCGUACUGGAUGGCGAGGCCCGCUUUCGGCGGCGCCUUCUCGCUGUCGCCCGACGGGGUCCUGUCCACCGCCGGGCCGGUGGAUCGCGAGCGAAACCCCGCGCACUCCGUGCUGGUGGUGGUGCGGGACGCGGGGACUCCGCCCCUGUCCUCCACGGCGACCGUUCGCGUGGAGGUGCUGGACGAGAACGACAACCCCUCGGCCGCGAGGCAGGUCUACGUCGAGGUGAAGUACUACGGCAGCGCCUUCCGGGGAGGCCUCAUCGGGAACGUCCAGCCUGAGGACCCGGACCAGUCGGACCUUUUCGACUGCAGCGUCAGAAGCGGGCCGGGGAACAUGUUCAGCUUCCCGUUCGGUGGCUGCGACCUGUGGUCGGCCCCGUACCAAGGAGAAACCACGUAUAACAUCACCGUCGAGGCCAACGACCUACUCCACCCCUCUGUCAACAACAGCGUCUACGUGAGCUACAAAGGCUUCACCAACGCCUCCAUGGACAACUGCGUCCUCUUCUACCUGACCUCGCCUGCUUUCGAGGAGUUCUUGUCGUUCAGUUAUUUGAGGUUUGUGAAAGCCCUUGACAGCCUCUUCAACCUGCAGGCCUCCAAAACCCACGUGUUCGGAGUGAAGAACUUAGGGGAUAAGAUCCUGCUCCUGGCGGCUGUUAAAACUUACAACGGGCAGUUCCUGAGUGGGGAGGUGGCUAGCGGCAUCUCGGCCGCGCAGGAGAGAUCGCUGGAGGCUCAGAGCGGCGUGGAGAUCUCCCACAUCACGGGCGACCCCUGCUCGGUGAACCCGUGCCACAACGGGGCCACCUGCACCAAAAACAUCCACAUCGGCCAGGACAUCGCCGUGCUGGAGAGCCCGGCGCUGAUGUUCGUCUCGCCGAAAAGAGUGGAGAUAUUCAACUGCUCGUGCCCGCCCGGGUUCUGGGGACCGACGUGCGACUCCGACGUGGACGAAUGCGACGGGGGGGACCCCUGUCGAAACGGGGGGACCUGCGUCAAUCACCCCGGCGGGUUCCGCUGUCACUGCGGGCGGGGCUUCACGGGGCAGUACUGCCACUCUGACGUGGACGAAUGCAGGAACAUACAAUGCCACAACGGAGGGACCUGUCUCAACACGCAAGGCACUUUUCACUGCAGCUGCAGCCUUGGAUAUGAAGGUGAAUUCUGCGACGAGUUUGUUGACCCCUGCACAUCCUCCCCGUGUGUUCAGGGUAGCUGCAAAAAUCACCUGACUGGAUAUGUUUGUGAUUGUCCAUUUGGUGUCGGCGGUGCCCACUGCGAGGAGGAAAGCUACGGAUUCCAGGAGCUGUCCUUCAUGGAGUUCCCUCCCCUGGACCCCAGGAAUAACAUAAUCUCCCUGGAGCUGGCCACCGUCAAGCAGGACUCCCUGCUCCUGUACAACCGUGGGCACCCCCACGGCACCGAGUUCCUGGCCCUGGAGGUCGUGGGGGGGAGGGCGCGGCUGUCGUUCGACCUUGGGAGCGGGGUGGCGGUGGUGGUCACGACCAAGCCGGUGGCAGAUGGGUCCUUUCACAGCAUCACCGCCCGCAGGACGGGGAAGGCGGCCUCUCUGCGAGUGGACAGCUGCUCCGCUGACGAGCCGGGCGGGUUCUGCUCCUCUCGAGGCGAAGGACCUGGCAGCGAACGGACCCUCGAUGUGGGCUCCUCCAACAUGACGUUCGGCGGGACCAGGUCCCUGGACGCCAUCUUGCUGAGGCCCGCGCGGGUGCGCACUCACGACUUCGUCGGAUGUGUGAGGAACGCCAAGGUGAACAACAUCCCCUUAGACCCCUCCCGAGCCCUGGCGUCCUACAAUGUGGUGGACAGGUGUCCGCGUCGGGCGUCGUCACUGUGCGACAGCGGCGCGUGUCGGAACGGGGGGGUGUGUCGUGAUCACUGGUCCCACCACACCUGCGAGUGUGGGGACCUCUUCACUGGAACCAGCUGCCAGACAGAGGUGGCUGAGGACCACGCCUUGCGGCUCAACGGCCAGGCCUACAUCGAGUACGUUGUGAAGGAGAGCUACCGCAGGGACCAGCGGCUGAAGGACUGGGUUUCCGGAGAUGGCGGGAAGGCGGAAGGGACCGUCGGCGGGUCUGGGGUGGAGGUGAAACUGAGGACUGCCGAGAGAGACGGAGCUCUGCUCUUCAUUUCGGGGAGAAAGGGCCGUGUGACUCUCAGGGUGACGGACGGAAGACUCCUGUUCACCUCUAACCACAGCACGUCGGACCGACAGGUGACAGAGGUCGCCACGGACGUCCCGCUGUUGGACGGGCGCUGGCAUACGCUUCGCCUGUUCGGAGAGGGACCAGCCACCGUUAUCUCCCUGGAUGGACUCUCCGUCUUGAACACUACUGAAUCCACCCUCGAUCUCACCAUCGCCAAUGUGCACAGGAUUGUCCUGGGUGGAGAUCAUCCAGGAGAGACUACAACACUACAACAGCCAGGUUUCUCUGGAUGCGUGCGAUCCCUCAGAUUUGGCGGCCGGGUCCUGCCCUUCAGCGGGUUCAGUGAGGUGGUGGAGGUGCGCCCCAGUCCCACGCUGGCACAGGGCGGGUGCGGUUCGGCGGGCGCAUGUGUGGGCCAUCUGUGCUCAGAGGAGGACGUGGCCUUCCUGUCCUGCCUCUCGCGGCUGUGCCCAAACGGGGGCGUGUGCCUCGUGCCCCCCCCCCGGGCGAACGGCACCUGCGCCUGCCUGCGCAACGUCACGGACGGCCUGUGCAAGCUGUGCCCCCCCGGGGGGGCGGGGGGCCGCGGGGUCUGCCCCGCCCCGCAGGCCGCCGGCGCUCCCGUCUGGAUCGCGGGCGCCGUCCUCCCCGCCACCUUCGUCAUGGCCUGCCUGGCUCUGCUGGUCUUCCUCCUCAGGCGCAGGGCGGUGUCCCCGCGGGAGAAACGGAGGGGGGGGGCGUCGUGGGUCGCCAGCGCGGGCACGGGCGAAGUGGGGGGCGGAUAAUGGGGCGUUCUGCGAGGACACUCCCCCACGGGCCUGCCAGCCCGACGUCAUCGUGGCUGAGAAACAGAGACCAGGCCCGGCGGAGCGCCACCCGCAGGCCUGCACUGAAACUGACCCGCCCAGCCUGCAGACGGACGAGCUG